AUGACCGAGGUGAUUGUGCUAUCGUCAUCACCACCAAAAAGUCCCCAAGCCUCGAAGGCUGCUUCAAGAUCAAUAGGCACGGGAACAUGGCUGGACGACGAGAUUGAUUUUGGAAUCGACAGCUUUGAAUUGGCUGGUUCGAUUGGUUUUCGGAUCGACAGGCUCUCGAAGAGGAAACGCACUACUCCGGGCGCGAGUUCGCACUUGAACUCGAAACGUGCAAAUGUCACCUACGAACGAAGCUCUUCAGUACCCCUCGUGAUUCUUUCUAGUGACGGACCGCAGGCAGUGCUCAGCUUCGAUACUUCUGUGGCCCCUGUCUCACACUCGUCGGAGCCGAAGAAGAACCCUGAAUUUUUCGACGAUAUUAUCUUCUCAUCAUCAGCUCCAGAACCUUUGCCCACAGCCAAGAAGGAUGCGGGUGUUUCCUGGGGGUUUCUGUCGGAUGGAUUGGAAGAUGAUCCCCUUGGCGAUCGCCAGUUGGUUCUGUCUCAGUCAAUGGAGGAGGGCUAUGAUCGCAGGACAAGCAAGCUUCUGGCUACCCUCAAUCCCGAGUCUACUGAGGAAAGGAGGCUUACAUCGAAACCGCCCAAAGCACCCAAAGCCAAAUCUACGCAUCCGUCAACGGAAGUUCGAGGACCCAAGAUUUUUGAUGACAUUGAAUUCUCAUCCAGCCCAGUCCUCGUCAAAAGCACCCACCCUCCCAAAAUAGAUCAAGCUGAAAGGGCUGUAAAUGCCAAGGACAGGGCAGAGGAGAAGGCAGCAGCCCGAGAGGAGCGACGUGCCUUGAAAGAGGCCGAAAAAGAGAAGAAGAAGCUGGAGAGAGAGCAGAAGGCCAAGGAGAAGCAGAAAGCGGCCGACCUUGCCGAGGUCAACAAAUCACGCACGAAUAAGAAAGACGCGACUCCAGAGAUGAUCUUGGAUAUGUCGAGCUUUCUCAAGGAUACAAGUGUCGGCAAUCAAGUCGAAGAGCGUAUGAAGAACGUCCAGGUCGAUGUCAACUACGUGGAUGAGCAGUUCAACUUAGUCGAAGAAGGCGAGAAAGUGCACCAUGGAAGCAUUGUCACUUGGCGCCGUAAGGUGAAAUCGAUGUACAACGACGAGGACGAUCUGUGGGAACCCACCUCCGGAUGUCGGAUCGUGAAUGAAAAGCAUGUUCUAAUUCACUUGGCCGCUGCAGACUUUGUUGGUAUUGCCGCCACGUCGCAGUCAGGAUCCGCCACCUGCGUGGUGCAGGACGAGUCACAGCUCAAGGCCAAUCUGGACGCACACGUGUCGUCCAUACGCCGGCGUUUCGGCGACUGCGUACCAAUCUAUCUCAUCGAAGGACUCAGGAGCUGGCUUCGGAAGAAUGAGAGUGCGAAGAAUCGAGCAUACACUGCUGCUGUCCGUGCUCAGAUGUUGGAGGCCGAUGGUGGAGACUCGGCGAACAUUGAUCCUGCCCCGCCCCAGGCCAGGAGUCGGAAGCGCAAAAAAGCUCCCACCGAGUCACUGGACUUGUCGGUCGUGACAUCCGAUAUUGUCGAUGACCUGCUCCUCCAUCUUCAACUGGCCCACCAACCGAUACUGAUUCAACACACAUCGACUCCCGCGGAUUCGGCGUUUCAGAUAUGCGCACUCACUCAACAUCUUUCUACGCGGCCUUACCGCCUGGCCCAGCUUGAGUACAAUCUCAAAUCCGCGUCAUUCUGCAUGGACAGCGGGCAGGUUCGGACUGGCGAUGACCCCAAGGACACAUAUGUGAAGAUGCUGCAAGAGGUGCAGAGGGUCACUCCCAGUAUGGCCUACGGCAUCGUCGAGGAAUAUAGGAGUAUUCGAAAGCUGGUGAAUGGAUUUGACAAACACGGUAACCUGAUGCUUGAAGAUGUUCGCAAGACUGUGAACAAAGACGGCGGUUGGAGCGACAAGCGAUUGGGCCCGCAAAUCAGCAAGCGACUGUACAAAGUGUUUAUGGGCAGAGAUCCUUCAUCGACGGAUGGUAUGUCAUGA